UGUUGUGAGAAAAGCUCGCGCUCCCGACGCCCCACCGUGACCGUGACCGUGACCGUGACCGUGACCAUGGAGCUGCAGCUCACCCGGGACCAGGGCAUUACCCUGCGCGGCAGCGCCGACAUCGUCGCCGAGUUCUUCUCCUUUGGCAUCAACAGCAUCCUGUACCAGCGUGGCAUCUACCCCUCCGAGACCUUCACCCGCGUGCAGAAAUACGGGCUGACCCUGCUGGUGACCACCGACCCCGAGCUCAUCAAGUACCUCAAUAACGUCGUGGACCAGCUGAAAGACUGGUUGUACAGUUGUUCAGUUCAGAAAUUGGUGGUGGUGAUUUCGAAUAUUGAAAGUGGCGAAGUCCUUGAACGAUGGCAGUUUGAUAUUGAGUGUGAUAAGACGGCAAAAGAAGACAGUGCCCCAAGAAAUAAAUCAGUGAAAGCUAUCCAAGAUGAAAUUCGUUCAGUGAUCCGACAAAUUACAGCCACUGUGACAUUUCUGCCAUUGUUAGAAGCAGCUUGUGCAUUUGAUCUACUCAUUUACACAGACAAAGAACUUGUUGUCCCUGAAAAAUGGGAAGAGUCGGGGCCACAGUUUAUCGCCAAUUCUGAAGAGGUCCGCCUUCGUUCCUUUACUACUACCAUCCACAAAGUAAAUAGCACGGUGGCCUACAAAAUUCCUGUCAACGAGUGAGGGCCAAGGGGAGGAAAAUAAUGUGUGUGUGAUUCUCAAAUCUGAUUUCCCAUAAGAGAAGUUAAAUAGAGUUGAUGCAUCUUUGUCAUUGGUUUAAUGUUAAAUGGGAAAACGAAUAUUCUGUUGUACUGAGCAUAAUUAUUCCACAUCUGUACAUACAUGACCUACCAUGAGGUUGACAUGGAUUAGAGAGGGUUUUAGUGCUUUCCCCUAAUUUUAAUGUAUUUUUUUUUUUUUUUGGCUAAAAUAGUACAGAAACAUGGUGCAACAUUGCUCAGUAGAUAGAAGAAGAUAUUCAAUGGUGGGUGCUAACAGAAUUACUGUUCACCUUCUGAAAGUAGUAGGAACUAUUUUCAAUCUUUAAAGUUGACACAAUCAGAUGUUUUAUUCAUAGCUUGAGUAAAAUUUUUAGCAAGGAGGGUAUGAAUAUACAAAAAGAAGUCUAAGUAUUAGAAUUCUUUGUUUUAAAAUUUUUAUUUUGUUCCUGGGAAUAGCUAAAUAUUAAUAAGAAUCCUUCAGUCAUGACGAUGACUAAUUCAUUUUUUCCCAGAAUAUCACUUACUUCUUUGAAAACCUCCCAAACUUUGAAAUACUUUUAUUAUCAAUAUUUGUGUAAGCUCUAUUGAUAAUGCUCUAGAUUUUUCUACUUUUACUUGAGAGAACAAAACUCUGAUUUUUAAAAGUCUUUUUAUAUAUUUUGCUCUGAUCAAUGUAA